ACCACCCCAGAGGCUCUAUCUGCUGCUCUUAUAAUGAUGCUAUCAUCACUACCACCCCAGAGCCUCCAUCUGCUGCUCUUAUAAUGAAGAUCAUUACUACCACCCCAGAUCCUCUAUCUGCUGCUCUUAUAAUGAUGCUAUCAUCACUACCACCUCAGAGCCUCUAUCUGCUGCUCUUAUAAUAAUGCUAUCAUCACUACCACCCCAGAGCCUCUAUCUGCUGCUCUUAUAAUGAUCAUUACUACCAACCCAGAGCCUCUAUCUGCUGCUCUUAUAAUGAUGAUCAUUACUACCACCUCAGAGCCUCUAUCUGCUGCUCUUAUAAUGAUGCUAUCAUCACUACCACCCCAGAGCCUCUAUCUGCUGCUCUUAUAAUGAUGCCAUCAUCACUACCACCCCACAGCCUCUAUCUGCUGCUCUUAUAAUUAUGCUGUCAUCCUUUAGUAAUUCCUUUAUUUCAUUUCUAACUGCGUCAAUAUACAUGUCUAACCAUGUGUUUCUUCUUUCUGGAGAAGUCCAAUGGUGCUUUCUUUUCAUUUGUAUUCCAUGUUCACACAUAUUCUGAUUCUGUCUGUGUGUGUUUCAUUAUAAAAUAAUUCCUCUAGCCUCAUUCGUCUUUCCCAUGCUUUUAAUUCUGUUAACUUAUUUAUUUAUCUUCUUGCCAGAACAAACCUGAGCCCCUUGCAUAAUAAUGCUUUCUGUGAAGCUGUUCAUGUUUUGUGAGAUAAAUUAAAUACUGUGUCCACUUGAUGACCCUUAGUGAUCUUCUGUUUGUUUGUUUGUUUGUUUUAUCUUUGAUAUUCUUGCUGUUGUGCACCCAAUUGUUAGUUGCUUCUUCAUUACUAAUAGUAUUUGAUGCUUUUCCUAAAUCCCUAUUCUGCAUUCCUUUCUUUUUGUGUGUAUGUAUUUUGUAUUUUAUCAUGAUUCGGAUUCCUUGCUCUUUAUUUAUUUGAUAUGUAUCUAUUGUUGCUAUUACAUUUAAGAAAAAUUAAUUAAAAAUUACUAUUUUUAUAUAACAGUUUAAUUGGUUCUCCAGUACAUGGAACUGAAGUUUAUGUUCCUUCAUACUUAAAGCAUUCCUGGCCUACAACGUUUCAGUAAACAUGCACCAUUUUUACAAAAACCCACCCACUUCCUGUAAAUCUGCCCAAUCAGAAGUGAAAGUUGUGACAUCACAAUCACCGCUGACGUUGUUUCCUAUUGUAACAAAUGGCAACUACACUAUUUGCCAUUGUAACUUUUUUGUGUUUUAUGUGUUUAAUUACCCGGGAUCCUAGGAAUCCGUUUGCUGCCGAAAAGCACGGAUUUUCAGUGCUGUUGGUGAAUUUUUAUUUUUACACUUGCAAAAACCAUGCAAAACUUUUUUUUGGUUGUUUGGUAACCAAAUCAAUGCACUUAUACUAUAUAAUCAUCGGCACAGGCUUUAAAUUUAGUAAACAUAUGUGUUCAAUAUAACUGCUUCUGGUGUACAGAGGGCAAGGUCGAACGAGGCGCACUGGCACGGUCACAUUCAUGCUGAAACUAUUUGUUUAUUGUUAUUAUUAUUAUUACUACACAGAAGUGUUUGUGAUGUUUAAAGUAACCGGUACGUUUGUUUAUAGUGUAGCGAUCUCGGUUAACGCAACACACAGGGCGAGGCAACUUCCUUCGAAAUUGAGUGUACCAAUAAGUACUUCCUGUGGUAACUGUUCAACAAGACGACUGAAUUUCAGGCUUUUGUUUUAAUUGCGGAAUAAAGAAUUUUUUAUCGCAGUUUAGUAUUAUUAUUAUUAUUAUUAUUAUUAUUAUUGCGGAAAAACUAGGAUCCCUGGUAAUUACUAAACAUUCACCUGAAAUGUGAAUCAAUCAAUAAUUGCUUUUCUUUAAUCAAGUAAACCCCUUGAGAACAAAUUCUCAUUUGCAAUAACGCCUUGUUACCAGAUUGUGCCUUAGAAAGUGCUACGUUUGUAGCCCAAAGUCAUACGCUACCCAUAAUGGAAUUAAUGUACGUCAUAUUCACAAAUACGGAUGCGUGCUAUUGUUACAAUGUUUAGCAACAGUGGCGUAAACACUAAGGGUUGUGACUCAUAUAGCUUAGUGUUUUGCUUAAAAAUAUCGUUAAUACUUUAAAACUAUUCAAAAUAUAUCCAAAUGUAAUACCCGCACAAAUACCCCAAACUAGCCCAAAAAUUAGGCACCCGCCCAAAGCCAUUUUGUCACGCACAAUAAAAAAAAAAUAUAUAACCACAAUUGGGCGCGAACCAGCUCAAAUCUGGCAGCACUGCGUUAGCUCAGAAUAAAAUACUCUGUCCCUGACCGGCUGUGGGGCCAAUAUGUUGAACGUUACUUCCUAAGUGCCUGUCUUUAUUAUUAUUUUAUUUAAUCGAAAACAUUUAUCCUGUACUAAAGGCGAAACGCGUCCAAGUAAACACAAGUGAAAAAUCAGCUUUUAGGCGAUUUUCUUUUAAGGAAAUGCAGGCACCUGUGAUGUGUUUUGUCCGCGACAAUCAGGCUUUCAGGACCCCGCAAAGAUGCAGGAGGAGCGGCUAUGGUGGAAAGGAAGAGGGGUGGACGAGUGAAAAAAAACACAAACUAGUACUAUGAGGAGAUGAAAUACUCAGUGUGACUGAACCACGUACUGAUUCAACUACAGUGCUGUGUUCGCAAACACUGGAGGAUAAAGUACUUCAGAAUCAAAAUGCCUGGGGCAGAGUGCCGGACUGAAUGCACCUGGAAGAGACACAUAGCAGAGCAGUUGAAGCAAAGAGACCGGGUUCAGAGACAGGCUUUUGAGGAGAUUAUACACCAAUAUAAUAGACUGCUGGAGAAGUCUGACCUGCAAGCUGUUCUUUCAGAGAGGCUUCAGACUGAUAAAUUCGACAGCCACAGCAGACAUGAUCUCAGCCCAGGUCAUGAUGGAGUGCGGAGUGAAGCCCUGUUACAGGAGAUGGCCCAGAUUAGGAUCAAACACCAAGAGGAGCUGACAGAGCUGCACAAGAAGCGUGGGGAGCUGGCCCAGAAUGUCAUUGAGUUGAAUAACCAAAUGCAACAGAAAGACAAGGAGAUCCAGGCAAAUGAAGCAACGAUGGCAGAGUUCCAGCAGCGGAUCUCCCAGCUGGAGAGCGAGUGCAAAGAGUUGUGUUCGAACCUGCAGGACCUGGAGACGGCCAACCAGACCCUGAAGGACGAGUACGACGCCUUGCAGAUCACCUUCAGCGCUCUGGAGGAGAAGCUGCGCCGUACCACCGAGGACAACCAGGAGCUUGUCUCCCGCUGGAUGGCUGAGAAAGCACAGGAGGCCAACCAGCUCAACGCAGAAAACGAGAAGGACUGCAGGAGAAGACAAGCCAAGUUGCAGAAGGAACUGGCUGAUGCAGCAAAGGAGCCCUUGCAAUUGGACCUGGAUGAUGACAUUGAGGUCCUGCCUGACGAUACUGCUGAGCCCGGUGGGGAGACGUCGCCUGGGAAGACCAUCACCCGCACACCCAGUAAACGCGCCUCCCAGCCACCCGGAGGCCUUCUGGACUCCAUCAGUAAUAUCUUUGGCCUCUCUGAGUCUCCAAUUCUUGGACAUCGCAUCCCUGAUAUCUCAAGGCGUCGUUCUGUCAAUUCUUAUGGAACCUCCCCUGAAGGCACAGAGGUGCACACAGGAGUGUGUAUGGCGGUCCGUGUGCCAACCACUGCUCUGCAUGUAUUUGAUGCCCAUGAUGGGGAAGUGAAUGCAGUGAGAUUCAGCCCAGGCUCUCGCCUCCUGGCAACGGGGGGUAUGGACCGGAGAGUGAAACUAUGGGAGAUUGUUUCAGGUCGUUGUGAACUGAAAGGAGCUCUCACAGGCAGCAAUGCUGGAAUCACCAGUAUCGAGUUUGACAGCGCGGGCUCCUACUUGCUCGCUGCCUCCAAUGAUUUCGCCAGCAGGAUCUGGACAGUGGAUGACUUCAGACUGCGUCACACUCUGACAGGUCACAGCGGGAAGGUGCUGUCCGCUCGAUUCCUGUUGGAUAAUGCUCGCAUUGUCUCAGGCAGCCAUGACAGGACACUCAAACUCUGGGACCUCCGGAGCAAAGUCUGUAUAAAGACUGUGUUUGCAGGAUCGAGCUGCAAUGACAUUGUCUGUACUGAGCAGUGUGUCAUGAGUGGCCACUUCGAUAAGAAAGUCCGCUACUGGGACAUCAGGGCAGAGAGUAUUGUGCGCGAGUUGGAGCUGUUUGGGAAGGUCACAUCUCUUGACCUAAACCCUGACAGAACGGAGCUGCUAACCUGUACAAGAGAUGACCUGCUGAAAAUCAUUGACCUGCGGACUAACACAGUGAAGCAGACAUUCAGCGUGCAAGGCUUCAAGUGUGGCUCCGAUUGGACGAGAGUGAUGUUUAGCCCUGAUGGCAGCUACAUUGCUGCAGGUUCUGCUGACGGCACUCUGUAUGUGUGGAAUGUGCUGACGGGGAAAGUGGAGAAGGAGCUGGGAAAACACCACAGCUCAUCUAUCAACGCUGUGGCCUGGUCCCCCUCCGGAGCCCAUGUGGUUAGUGUUGAGAAGAGCAGCAAGGCCGUGCUCUGGUCUGAUCUCUGAUUGGACGAUUGACAGUCCCUCACGCUUCCCAAAUACACAGCAAAAGGAGUGCUGUUUUCUGUCUGGACCUCAGAAGAGCUUGGCGCUUCAUGUGCAAGCUUUCGUUAGACUGGAGGUGAAGGGACCAUCCUUCUGAUUUGUAUAUCACUUGCAAAUUGUGGCCGAUCUUCCUUCUACGACAAGCAGCGAUCUCUGGAACUGUGUCCCAGCUGUGUUGUUAUUUCAGAGAAUAUUAAUAUAAAUCUGUAUUGAAUGAUGUAAUGUGCAAAUCAGAAUAUAGCCUAUUGUGAGGAAUGUCCAUUUGAAUUGUACAUGACUGAAGCUGUUUCAAAGUGUUAAAAUCUUUCAGCUUCAAACAUGGCUUGUUUGUAAUAGGAGUUACCUCACCUACUGGUCAGAGGUGUGUGGGAGAUGGACUGGUCUAGUGGUUCAGGCUGGGGACUGGAUUUCCGGUGUGGCCUAGUGGUAGGAGCUGAGGGCUGGGGCACAGUCGAGCCGAAGUCGAGGUUUUAGAUGCACAGUGCCCAUUGCUACUAAACCCCCAAUUUCAUAUAAAAAAUGUUUAAGGCAAGAGAAUGUUGAUCUAGACAUUGGGAAAGCAUACUGAUAGGUAUUUCCCUAUGGAAUCCACAUAGAGUUGAAAGGUCACCUUAUCAGAAUUGUCUUUGACUGUAGUCUAAAGCUGGAGUUCCUUCCAGGCCAAUUUGCAAUGAUCUAUCACUAAAACAUGAAAAUCAGAUUCCCUCCAGACCCUAUGUUCACCUAUGGGUUAUAGAGACUAGCUGGUUUGUAUUCACUAUGGAGAUACACCCUUGUGAUCAUUUCAAAUGAAUGACCCUCUGCAAAGGGUUUUGUGUUGGCUUGGUGUUGUGGAAAUCAUUUACAGAUAAAUACGCACAUGUUUACACCAGCAUUAAGGUUGAGAAAAAAAGGUAUCAGAAAAUGAAAAUGUCACACAUGUUCCUAACAAGAGUUCAUAACAAAGGCUACAAGUGAAUAUGAAUGAAUGGAUUGAUUUAAAAGAAAUGUUAAAAGAUUGUAGUCCUCAGUGGGAACCACUAGGCUGCACUGCCACUGCAGUUCAUAGAAAUUAGCAUCUUGUUUUCAUUGAUUUAUAAACAGUACAGGUAUGAUGUCAUAUAUUGCCAUGCCAAAGACGAGGAAUUAGGAAGAGGAGAUGUUUGAACUAAGGACUUCCUCAGGAUUUGUGUGAAAAGGUUUCAUUGUUUUUGUUUGUUUUUGCUGUGUGCUCUCCAUACAUGUACAGUAACCAUGUUUAUAAUAUAUUAAAACAUAUACAUCUUAAAUAUAAAAAAUAUCUAGACACUAAAAUGGAAAAGUAGACUGCUCUGUUCAGAAUUAUCAAUCCACGGUUUAUUUUUUAGCAAAUAUUUUGUUUUUAAAGUCGUGUCUGUCUUUAUUUUUCUCUACUGCACCACCCCAGUUCAGUUGUGCCUAAAUCCAUGAUUUUCUUCCAGCCAGGCCCAGAGAAGAGAAUUGAUUUUAAUUAUUUUUACUUUCAUGAUUUACUGUAGCCUGAGAAUAAUCGAAUUAUCUGAACAUGUCUCACUGGCUGUAUGAGUACUGUCAUUUGUGAUCCAUGGAAAGCAAUGCAUAUUUGCAAGCAUGGCUAUUUCUAAAAGUAGCAGCAGACAAUGUCUACCCAGAAGGGGGUGUUGUAACUAAUGGUUACCCACCCAUGGUGAAUGGUGGUGGACCAUGCUUUCCCUGCAAAAGUGUCUACAAGGAAUAAAACAGCAAGAUACUUAACAAUAUCUUAAAGGGCCUCUGUGUAUCAUGGUUCUGUAUCAGUGCUUUUUCUGAUGAGCUCAGCUCACUAAACUUAAAUUACAUGUGAACUUACACUGCUAAGAAUUAUUAUCUGGAGUUUAAGUUCAAACUUGCUGAUAAGUAUGAGCAAAUGAUUCUGUAUUCAGUCUCAUGAGAAAUCCUCCCCACAGCCUUGGCGCGCUUUGAACUGUUCCAUGUUGGGAAGUGUGCUAUGGAACAGACUUCCUCAAAUCUUAUGCAAAGUGAGUUUCCUGGUAUAGACAUUUUUAAAUGUGUGUGCAGUCUUAAAUAAUGCUACUGAAGGCCAGCAGACUGCAAUUAGUGUACGUCGAUGUCUGUUUUAGACUUGGCCCCUUUGGAUACCUUUUGGGGAAGUUUGUGUGGCAGGCUAUAGGUACUCGAGCUGUAAGACCCACAGUCCAAUCUAAUGAUGCAGACACCUGCUGGUUUUCCACAGCCUAACGAGUUCUUGGCUUUCUCCAGAUAAGGUGUGCACAGGCCAUGAGCACUCCCAGUCCAGAGUUUGAUUACACUUUGUUUGAACAGUUAAUUGUAUUGAACUCAUUUGGACGAGUGAAAGAAACUCUUGUAUCACAAGGUUUGCGCCUUUGUAAAUAAUAAUAAAAAAAAUAUGUAAAGCAUAUUAAUUAAAACUAAA